AAGAGCAAUGCUCAACUUGUUUAGCUUCUACACCAAUCUGAAGUUGCAUUAUAUACCCGUCAAAAACUCAAUCGAAUUGACUGAAAAUAUGGAGCCAUCUAUUCCGAUGCACGAUGAAGACGAAGCGCAGAGGCCGCCUUCAAAGAGGUUGGCGAACAAAGUUGCAGUCGUAACUGGGGGUGCAAGAGGGAUUGGAGCUGCCACAGCCAAGCUACUCGCUCAACACGGAGCGCACGUCGUCGUUGCUGAUAUACUCGACGAGUUAGGCGCUACACUGGCUGAUUCUAUUGGCGGCCGCUACAUACACUGUGAUGUGUCAAAGGAAGCUGAUGUUGAAUCAGCUGUCGAGCUUGCACUCAAAUGGAAAGGCCGACUUGACAUCAUGAUCAACAAUGCCGGUGUUCCCGGUCCCCCGGGGAGCAUAACCACCCUCGACAUGAAGCAGGUGAUGCACCUUCUCUCAGUCAAUGUUCUCGGGGCUGUGCAUGGAAUCAAGUACGCUGCAGCGGCCAUGAUCAACGGUCGAAGAGGAGGGAGCAUCAUUUGCACAUCGAGCUCGGCCGGUAUCAUGGGAGGCCUUGGAGGACAUGCCUACACAUUGUCAAAGGCGGCCAUCAACGGAUUGGCAAGAAGUGCCGCGUGCGAGCUGGGAGUGCAUGGCAUUCGCGUGAACAACAUUUCACCUCACGGGGUUCCUUCGGAGAUGCUCGUCGAUUCCUACAGAUGGCAUCUCGGGAAAAUGGACAUGACAGCAGAAGAUGUAGGCAGAAUUGUGGGAGAGAGGGGGAGCUCGUUGCGUGGUAGAUGGGCGACUGUGGAGGAUGUUGCAGAAGCUGCAUUGUUCAUGGCCAGCGAAGACGCCGGGUUUAUAACCGGACAUAAUCUCGUUCUUGAUGGGGGAUAUACUUCUGCUGUAAGUACCAUGAGCUUCAUCUACCAGAAUAGAGAUAAGGAUACAGCGUAAUUCGACGACGGAUUAUAAAAUUACAAGUCAAAUUCUAAAUAAAAAGUUAUUGGGACAACCAGAUGGAUGAAUGUGAUUAUAUCAUCUAUAAAUCUUCUACAAAACUGUUUUCCUUCCAACGACAA